AUGGCGGCGGCUGGGGGCGCGGCGAGCCGCAGGGGCCCGGGGCGGCCCUGCCCCUUCUCCAUCGAGCACAUCCUCUCCGGCCUGCCCGAGCGGAGCCCCCCGGCCCGGGCCGCCCGCCCGCCGCAGCCCGCCGGCCGCCAGAGCCCCGCGGAGCAGGCGGAGCCCGGGGCGCCCGAGGCCGCGCCCUGCGCCUGCUGCUGCUGCUGCGGUCCCCGCGGGCCCGCGGAGGCGGCCGCCGGGCUGGGCGCGCGUCUGCCGUGGCCGCUGAGGCUGGGGCCCGCGGCGCCCCCGUCCUUGGCCGCGCCGGCGGGAGGCGCGGGGGCGCUGCCCGGCGCGGUCGGCCCGGGCCCGCAGCGGCGCACGCGGCGCCACCGCACCAUCUUCAGCGAGGAGCAGCUGCAGGCGCUCGAGGCGCUCUUCGUGCAGAACCAGUACCCCGACGUGGGCACGCGCGAGCGCCUGGCCGGCCGCAUCCGCCUGCGCGAGGAGCGCGUGGAGGUCUGGUUCAAGAACCGCCGGGCCAAGUGGCGGCACCAGAAGCGCGCGUCCGCGUUGGCGUCCGCCAGGCUCCUGCAUGGAGCCAAGAAGCCCCCCAAGGCGAGCUGCUGAAGCCGUGGGGACCGCGCCUGGGCUUGGCUGUGACCGUCGGAGCCUGCGCUGAGAGACGACAGGCCCACCGCAAAAGGAGCUGGGAGGGGACACCAGCUUCUGCCACCGAUCUCCACAACACAGCUCCUUGCCCCUGCAGUUAGUGCUGGGGACAGGGGGAUGUGUGUGUCUCCCUGUGCCAACACUUCCCACAAAAAGAAGGGACACAAAGCACCUGGUGCCCUCUCCUCCUCCAGGCAAUGGGACAGGGUGGUGGAGGUUCCAUGGGGGCCUGCUGGUUACUGGGCAGGUCAGCUUCCUCAACGCCCACCCCCACUGGAGAGGGACUAACUCCACCCCAGGACGGGAACCAGCCCUAUCCACCUGGGGAAUAGAAUCCUCCUCCCUCCCUCCCCCCCGGGAAGGCUGGGCCUCCCUCCUCCCCUCACUGUGGACAUGGGCCCCAGGGGACCUGGUCUGCCGCCCUCCCAGGGUGGUGUCUGUGCAAUCCUGGGGUUGCUGCCACCUCCAGGGUCCUGUGCUGGGCCUUGGCAUUUGGGCCUGUAGAAUAAGAAGGUCAGACAAGGUCAUGUCCAGGAGCCCCCUCCCCAGCCCUGUAAUCUUUGAGCCUCGUGCUGAUGUCGGGAAA